GUUCGAUAACAACCCGAAUGUGAUAUGGAUAGCGAUGAGCGGGAACAUGUAUGCGAAUCAACUUACUAAGUGUGAUGGUUUAUCAAAGUUACUGGAAAAUGGGCCCGAGGAGAAACAGCCCUUGGGUUCCGAUGGAUCUAUGCUUCUUUUUUUAAAUAAAGAAGAGCUCAAUUUCGGCUAAAGAAACGUUCAACGUUACACAGCGGUGACUGCAGAUUUCCAGAUUGGUCACAAGGGCUAUGGUCAGAUUUCCAAGUAAAUGGAAAUAUGGCAUACUACGCAAACGUCAUAUACGAUGAAGACGACGUUGGUUUCGCUCAAGAAAAUGACUCGGAGUCAAUCACGACGGACAGUCAAUACGAUCAGACUAAUACAUCAUUAAAUCACGCGACAGCAUCACAACAGGAAAAUAUCCAAUGUGUGACACGUAGUUCUGCGCACCAGAAUCAACAACAACGUGAAACAACGAAAUUUAAAUGGCGUUGUAUAAUGUUUGUCGAUAAUGACGAAAAACAUCAACGGCUCGAAUCUGGAGCAAAAAUCCUUACCUAUGGUGGACGUAUUGCGGAAAAAAAUUAUGCACUGAAUAGCAAUGAUAAAAACAAUAAACAAGAGUCAGAUACGUUAGCUGACUUUACGGAAGACUCAACGAUGUCAUACGGAUGCUUGUGGUUAGAGCCUAAAGGCCCGAACAUUUUUUAUUCCAUUGUCCGAACAGGCAUGCCAGAAAAAGAUCAGGAUCUACAGAGCUUUGCACAGCAACUUUGCACGGAAAAAAAGACGAUUGGUAGAGAUGGCAAAGUGAGAAAUCAGAAAAAGCUUUGCACCCACCGACCCACCGCCCAUAAGUAUGAUUAA